AGCAAAAAAAUCCAUAUUUUUGCUUAAAAGUUCAAUCUUUCUUCUAAAGGAAAAAACCCAAGAAACCCCUUUUCUCUUUUUAGUGUAUUUUUCAUUAUCUACUUGUUUAGUUUGUAUAUUUUCAGGUGUUCUCAAGAUUACAGAUGAACCAAGAAAAAAGGUAUUUCUUGAUAGUAUCAUCAAACCUUUGUGUUUUAUGCUUCAUUUUGCAAAUAGAUAAAUGUUCUGCUGUUGAUCCACAGUUUGUAGUGUGUAAUAAAUCAGUAAAUUGUAGAUAUGGUCCAAGAAUAAGCUUUCCAUUUUAUAUUGAAGAUGUUCAAGAAUCUUACUGUGGGUACCCUGGAUUUGGGCUAAAUUGUAGUGAACAAGGGUUUCCUGUUGUACAUAUUGCUGGAAAUGAGUAUGUAGUUGAAGAUAUUAGAUAUCAAGAUCAUACUUUUCAGCUUAAAAAUUCAGUCUUUAACAGUAGUGUAAGGAAUGCAUGUGUUUCUGAUAUCAAGAAUGUGUCACUCGAUAAUCGCCCUUUUAAGUUUAUUAAGGAACCAGAAUUUUACUUGUUGUCGAAGUGUAAUGGUUCGAUAUACCAGAAUCUUUCGAAGCACAGGAUUGGUUUUGGUUGUGGUGGAGAAAAUGUGAAUGAUUGGGGUCUUGCAAUGUUUGCUAAUGAUGAGAGCUUUGACUCUGCAUUACAAGUGUGUGAAAAACAUGUAAUGGUACCAGUAGAAAUGCUUGGUGAUGAGGGAAGUAAUCGAGAUGUUGACUAUCGGGGGCUUUUGAGAAGGGGGUUUAGAUUGAAAUGGACUGCUAGUAACUGCAGUGAAUGUGCAGCAAGUAGAGGACAUUGCGGAUUUGAUGUUAUCAACUAUCAAUUCAAAUGUUACUGCACAGAUAGACCUCAUGCAUUGAGUUGCAAACCUUCCGGGAAAAAUAAUUUGCGGUUGAUUCUUGGCUCAGUUUUAGGUGGAGCUGUGUUAAUAAUCCUUGUGGUCACUUCCAUUGUUUGUUGUUACAAGAAAGAACACAGAAGUUGUUUGUACUUCACCUCGAGAAAAAAAUCUUGUGAUCGUUCCUUAACACAUGAUUUUGAUGGAAGUACUAGUUACCAUGGAGUCUCGGUCUUCUCCUAUGUCGAACUGGAAGAAGCUACAAGUAACUUCGAUUCCUCCAAUGAACUAGGAGAUGGAGGUUUCGGUGCUGUUUACUAUGGUAAACUUAAGGAUGGGAGAGAAGUUGCAGUGAAGCGACUUUACGAGCACAAUUGCAAGAGAAUGGAACAGUUUAAAAAUGAAAUUGAAAUUCUCUCUCGCCUACGGCAUCGAAAUCUUGUUACCCUUUAUGGUUGCACAUCAAAGCAUAGCCGUGAACUCCUCCUUGUUUAUGAAUACAUUCCCAAUGGAACAGUGGCAGAUCACCUGAAUGGGGAUAGAGCAAAGGACGGAUUCCUCCCAUGGCCUAUCCGCAUGAAUAUUGCUGUAGAAACUGCUUGUGCAUUGGCUUACCUCCAUGCUUCUGGCACAAUACAUCGCGAUGUAAAGACUAGCAACAUACUCCUCGACAGCAAUUGUUGUGUCAAAGUUGCAGAUUUUGGGCUUUCGAGACUUUUUCCAAAUGAUGCUACUCAUGUCUCAACUGCUCCUCAAGGGACUGCUGGAUAUGUUGAUCCAGAGUAUCAUGAAUGUUACCAGCUCACUGAUAAAAGUGAUGUUUACAGUUUCGGUGUUGUCCUUGUUGAACUUAUCUCAUCAAUGCCUGCUGUUGAUAUUACCAGGAGUCGACAUGAAAUCAAUUUGGCCAACUUAGCAAUAAACAGGAUUCAGAGAUGUGCAUUUGAUGAGCUGAUUGAUCCAUCUCUGGGAUUUAAAUCAGAUGCACAGGUUAUGAGAAUGACUACUUCAGUAGCAGAGCUAGCAUUUCAAUGCUUGCAGCUUGAAACAGACUUGAGACCAAAAAUGGAUGAAGUAUUAGAGACACUUAAACAUAUACAAGGCACCUAUACUGAUCACAUCAAAGAUGAGAAGACGAAUGACUCAAUUGUCGAUAACACAGAAUGCAAUGGUGAAAAAGUCCCUAUUUCUCCUACAUCAGAUAAAGUAGUUCUGUUAAAGAAAAUACAUUUGCCACCUUCACCUAUUUCUGUAACUGAGAGCUGGGUUAGUAGCUCUGGCAGUAGUAAUAUUAGCGGGUGAAAGUCUUACACUCUUUGCUUUCAUUUCAAUGUAAAUGUUACAAAUAUGUACUCAUUGAUAAGCUGUAAAGGAAUAAGAUGGUGAAACCUUUAUUUUUAUCUUUA